AUGCCAAAUUUUUUUGAAAAACUUGAAUCAUUAAUCGAGAAAGGAAACGAUGCCCACGCGAAAAAAUGGCACAAUUGGGCCGGAAAUGUUGUCGUGGAACCAGAAUCCAUUUUUCAUCCGAGUUCAUUACAAGAUCUUAAAGAAAUUGUGAAGAAAGCGAAAAAAAAUGGCAAGAAAAUUCGAUGUGUUGCUGAAGGACAUACAUGGAGCUCGCUAUCAGUUACAAAAGAUUAUUUGGUUAUUGUGCGUAACUUGGAUCAAAUUCAAGUGGAAAAAAGUGAAAAGUAUGGAUGGACUGUUACUGCCGAAGCUGGUGCUACGAUUAAACAAAUCGACGAUGUAUUACGCAAUCAUAAGCCGCCAUUAGCAUUUGAUUCGAUGACAGUUUUAAAUUCAGUCAGAGCGUCUGGCGUCGUUGCUACUGGAUCUCAUGGUGCUAGAACUCGAGGCGCAACGAUACCCGACGAAGCAGUUACAUUACAAAUUGUUACAGAUGAUGGAGAAUUACAUGAAUUUAGUGACGAGAAAGAUCCUUUAGAAAUGCGUGCAGCUAGAAUUAACCUAGGAUUAUUUGGUAUAAUCUACAAGGUAACGUGGCGCGUUCAACCACUAUUCAAUCUUCGCAUGAUUGAUUUCCAACUACCAAUAAAAUCGUGGCUAAAUCCAGCAACUCUCAAAGAAUUCGUCGAAAAAUCCGACAGUGUAGAAAUAUUUUACUGGCCAUUCAACGAAGGUGAAUUCGAUCCAAAUGACGAUAAAAUUUGGGUUAAGCAAUGGUUAAGAACAGACGAUCCAGUCACCAACUCGCAAACCGAGCUCGGGGUAAAAAGAGUUUUUGAUGAUUUGGGAACAAAAUUCGGUGACAGAUUAUAUGAAUUCAUUGUUAAGUGUCCCGAGGGCACUCCUCAUCUCUCUAAUCUUUUGUGGAAAGCUGGACCUGCUUCGAAACCAAAAAAUGUUGUGCUCCAAGCACCAGAUGCUAUUCAUUAUCAAGCUGGCAUUGACAACGUACCUUGUGAAGAUUUGGAAUUCGUAUUUAAGGUCGAUGAAGAUUUUGCAAAUGUCGUCGAGGAGUUUAAUCACAUUGUUAAUACUGUAUAUGCCUAUGCUAAUAAAGGCAAAUUCCCAAUGAAUCUAACGGCAGAAAUGAGAAUUACUAGAGCAUCGUCAUCACUUUUGGCCCCAGGCUUCGAUGAGGAUCCAAAUGCUAUAUACUGUUUCAUGGAAGUGCUAUCCAUACGUAAUACUCCAGGGUGGGAAGAAUUCUCUUCUGGAUUUGCCACAAGAUGGAUGGAAAAGUAUAAGGCUCGACCACAUUGGGCUAAAUAUUGGGAAUAUGUACCCGGCAUUAAACCAUAUUUGCAUGAAAUCCUUGGCGAGCGAUUACAAAUGUUUGAAAGGAUUCGCUCGAAAUAUGACGCGAAUAAAAUCUUUUUUGAUAAUAAAUCUUUAGAAGAAGUUUUUUAUGGUGCUCCAAAUUCGAAAAAGGCUUUGAAAG